UCUGGCUAGUUUUCUCUCCAGAGAGCAAUUAAGUUCAAUUUUCAAGUAGAGUAAGAGCGUGUCUUCGUUCCAAACAAGAUGGUAGAGAAGUGCGGUAGCGAUGUAGGAGGAGAAACAAUGGUGGUUGUAGCCCCAACCGCCGGAGACCACCCCCACCAGCUUGGUCUUGGCGGUGGCGUUCGUGUUGUUGAUGGCCCGGCGCCGCCAGUUGAUCUCCUCGAGGUGGUGGGAGAAACGGGCAAGCAGGCGGCGACACCGCGCGUGCUGGUUGAAGGCUUCGCCGUGCUGGAGCCGCCGGUGGACGCGGCGGCGGCGGCGGAGAGGGCGGACGACGUGGCGGCGCUCCUCGCCGCCUUCGGCAACCACCUCCACGAGCGGACCGCGCACCACCUGGGGUACCCGUACAACUUGGAUUUCGAUUUCAGCGUUUUGGCACAGUUUCAGAAUUUCUCCAUCAACAACCUUGGAGACCCUUUCAUCGAGAGCAACUAUGGCGUUCACUCCAGGCAGUUCGAGGUGGCCGUGCUCGACUGGUUUGCCCGCCUAUGGGACCUCCAACAAGACGAGUACUGGGGCUACAUCACCAACUGCGGCACCGAAGGAAACCUGCAUGGUCUACUAGUCGGGAGAGAGCUUUUUCCUGAUGGGAUUAUAUAUGCAUCUCAUGAGUCGCACUACUCAAUCUUCAAGGCAGCUAGGAUGUACAGAGUCGAAUGUGUCAAGAUCGACACUCUGGUCUCCGGAGAGAUGAAUUGUGCAGAUUUUAAGUCCAAGUUACUACAAAAUCCGGGGAAACCCGCGAUUGUGAAUGUCAACAUAGGGACUACUGUCAAGGGGGCAAUCGACGACCUUGAUAGGAUCAUAAGAACACUUGAAAAAUGUGGACUCAAAGAUCGAUUCUACAUCCAUUGUGAUGGAGCUUUGGCUGGCCUUAUGAUGCCAUUUAUCAAACAAGCACCAAAGGUGACAUUCAAGAAGCCUAUCGGAAGCGUUAGCGUCUCCGGUCAUAAGUUCAUAGGAUGCCCUGUACCAUGUGGCAUUGUAAUAACAAGGCUUGAGCAUGUAAAAGUGCUCUCUACCGACAUCGAGUACCUAUCAUCCAGAGAUGCCACGAUUAUGGGGAGCCGCAAUGGGCAUGCGCCAAUGUUCCUAUGGUACACCCUAAAUAAGAAGGGAUAUAAAGGGAUCCGCAAAGAAGUUCAAAAGUGCCUUAGAAAUGCCCAUUACCUCACAAACUGUCUCAAGGAGAUGGGAGUAAGUGCAUCCUUGAAUGCGCUGAGCAACACCGUAGUGUUCGAGAGGCCACGAGACGAAGCGUUCGUGCACAAGUGGCAACUCGCGUGCGAGGGGAGCAUUGCACAUGUGGUGGUGAUGCCCAACGUGAGUAUAGAGAAGCUCGACGGGUUCGUUGAAGAGCUCGUCGCCAAACGAAGCUCCUGGCAUGAAGGCAAAGAGUUUAGGGCACCGUGCGUUGCAAAGGACAUAGGGGCUGAAAAUUGUCUCUGCGGCCAGCAUAACAAGAAGUCAAGAAUUGGGCAAGGUUUUCAAAGGAUUGGAUAGCGACAAUAAUCAAAUGCUUUGUAAUGCCACAAAUGAUUGAUUUUACUUUUAUAAAUUGGAACUUUACGUGUGUCGCUAGCCAUCUCUUUAGUUGCACCAUCUAAGAAGGCUGACAUGUGUUUAG